AACUGUGGCAAGCCCAUAAUUGGGUCUGUGAAAAUAAAAAUCAACAGUGAAGAGAGAAACCUCUCCUGUUGCUAAAAUCUGGCCCCUGCUCACCUCUCUGAUUGUCCCUAGCUCACCAGGAGGACACUUCAAAUUCGCCUAGAGUCUGGCUCCUGACCCUGGCCUCGUUUUAAAACCCAGAUCCUCGCUGUAUCUGUGUGACAAGCAAAUUGAUUGGAAGGCACCGAACAAGGAUGGCCAUAGAGGAGAAUCAGUACUCAGACGUGUUCGAACCUUCCAGAAAGCGCUGCUGCAGGCUGGGGACGCAGUUCGCGCUGUUUGUGCUGCUGACGGGGGCGCUGUGGGCAGGACUGAUGACCCUGCUCCUUCUGUGGCACUGGGACACGGUGCGGAAUCUGAAGCAGGUAGAAGACACUGCGGCCCAGAAUGUCUCUCUAGUUUCCAAGGACUUGCAAAAAUAUCAGAGUGAUCAGAUGGCCCAAAAGUUGCAAGCUGCUCACCUGGAACAGAAUGUGCAAGCCCUCCAAGCUGAACAGAAGCAAAUGAAAUCGCAGGACUCCCAUCUGGUCGGGAAUCUGCAGAGAAUGCAAGAGGAUCUGACCCAAGCCAAAUCCUUGAGCUUGAAUGAGAGGCGCACUGUCUCCGACUUGCUGGAGAAACUCCAGGAAGAGGUGGCGAAGCUGUGGGUGAAGAUCAGGAUGGCAAAUGGCUCCACGUGCAACACAUGCCCCGAGGGGUGGCUCAAUUUCCAACAGAAGUGCUACUAUUUUGGUGAGGGUACCAAACGGUGGCUCCAGGCCCGAUUUGCCUGCAGUGACCUGGAAGGGCGGCUCGUCAGCAUCCACAGCCAGGAGGAACAGGACUUCCUGAGCAAACAUGUUAGCAAGGAUGCCUGGAUUGGCCUUCAGGACCUGGAUGUGGAGGGCGAGUUCGUCUGGAUGGAUGGGAGCCCUGUGAGCUAUAGCAACUGGCUUCAGGGGGAGCCCAACAACGCAGGUUCAGACGAGGACUGUGUGAUGAUGCGGGGUUCCGGGCACUGGAACGAUGCCUUCUGCCGCAGCCAGCUGGACACCUGGGUGUGCGAACGGCUGGCCACAUGUGGACCACCUGCCCUCCCCACCUCUGGGACACCCACUCCCAGACACACCCCCUGACCUCCCUGUCUGCCCCUUCCUUGGCCCUGGGUACAGCCAGGCCUAGAGCAGGGCACUGAGGAUUCCCCAUGAAGGCCUGGACACCUCUUCACCCCUGCCCUCCUGUCCUGUCCCACACAGCCUGUCCCUUGCUCUCACCACCCUCCUCCCCCGUGUCCCCAUCUUUAAGGGCUCAAUGGAUGCUGGCAGGCUGAGGCUCUGGUUGCCUGCAGCCAGUUUGCCUGGAGGCACUGACCCCACUCAGGCCUUGAGGGGAGAGAAGAGGCUGGGUGGGCUCCAAGUCAGCCCACAGCCCUAAGGCACUGGGAGGGAAGCGGGGUGCAGGUCAGGAUCGCAGGAGGCCCUGGUUGGCCUCUUUUGUGUUGCUCAAACCAUCCUUGCCUCUUCUCCCCUUCCAUGACACAGCUAAGUUCCUAGGAACAGCCAGGGCACAGCUGUCGAAUGGCACCCAGAAUCCUCUUACUUCUCCACCUGCUGCCAUUGGCCUGGUUUCCCUACCAUGCUCACACCACC